CACUAUAGUAUACUCUCUCUCUCUCUCUCUCUCUCUCUCUCUCUCUCUCUCUCUCUAAAUGUGUAUACAUUUAUGAAAAGGCAGAAUCCCUUAUCUCCUUCUCCUUCUCCUUCUCCUUCUUCUCUUCUCUCUCACACAAUUUGAUCCUUUUCGUUUAUCCAGACUUCUUGUCGGUUGUUACCUAUCCGUUACUCUCCACUUCCCUCUCAUCUCUUCCAUUAUUGCUCCUCAAAUCAAUAUGUUUCUCCAAUUCUGAUUCAUUAUUGGAAAUUUACGGGGAUUCAGCACUAUUCCUGUUUUCUAAGAAGAAUCGGUGGUUUUUUCAGGUGUGAUCAUAGGGAAUUUCGCUAUUUCAUCGAAUAAUUGAUUUCUGGGUCAACAAUUUUAUGAGAGUGCGAGAAAAAAUUACGAUGGCUUCUCUACAAGGCCCGGUUGUUAGCCCUGUAGUCUGUGCAAGGCAAACAGGACCUUCUGUGGCUGUUAAUUCACCCUUACUGAAAGCUAAACUAAUUAAAAGUGGAUUCUUGGGGCUUAGAGGGCUUGGCUACAGCAGGGGUAAUGCGGGUUACUGGAAGCAUUCCAGGAAGUGCAGAACAACACAGUGUAGCUUCAGUUCAUCAUCAAAUGGGAAUGGUAGCAUGGCAGGGAAUUCCAGUGAGAACGACGCUGAUUAUGUGAAUUCAAGUGUGGUUGAAGCUGUUGAGGUGCGAAGUGGCCGAGAUGGCUUCAUGAUCAAGAUGAGAGAUGGUAGGCAGCUGAAAUGUGUCCAUAACAAUCCUCUGGGAGGUCAUCUGCCAGAUUAUGCUCCACAUCCUGCAAUUGUAUUGAAGAUGGAGGAUGGGACAGGGCUUCUUCUUCCAAUAAUUGUUUUGGAGAUGCCAAGCGUGCUUCUUAUGGCAGCUGUGCGCAAUGUCCAAAUAGCUAGGCCUACCAUGUACCAAGUGGUGAAUGAUAUGAUCGAGAAGAUGGGCUACACAGUGAAACUUGUUCGUGUCACCAAAAGGGUGCAUGAGGCAUAUUUUGCUGAGCUACACCUUGUCAAGUUGGGUGGUGAAGCAGAAUCUAUUAGCUUUGACCUGCGCCCAUCUGAUGCCAUUAACAUCGCAGUAAGAUGCAAGGUGCCUAUACAAGUAAACAAGUUUCUGGCGUACAGUGAUGGCAUGAGGGUUAUUGAGUCUGCAAAGUUGAUGGUGCAGAGUCCCUCUUCGGAUGGCCCUCUGUUUACUGAACUGGACAGACCUACUGGCCAAGCAUGCAUGGAAACAAAGGAGUUCGACUUGGUAAGGAACAUGCUGAUUGCUGCAGUGGAGGAACGUUAUAGAGAUGCAGCUUUAUGGAGGGACAAGCUCACACAGCUUCGUUCCAAGAGGAAUUGGACAUAACAUCUGAGUUGUGCUGCAUUGUGGUCGACUUUGGUAAUUCUUGGUUCUUCAGGUUUGAGGCGCUGCAUGGAGAUGGAUGCAUUUGUACAUAAGAAUCGGUAUCAGUCAUUUUAGUAAAUAAUCUGUAAAAUGGCGGCCAUGCCAUGCUAAAGCUUGUAUAUAUAUAUGUGAUAUGUAUAGAUGAACUAUAUGUAUUUAAAUGCUGAAUCUUUCAACAGAUCUUGUAUUUGAUGAAUGGUGAUAUGACUAAGGUACAAGAUUGGAAUUGUAUCACGACUUUUUUAGUUGCAAAUUAUAGUACUAUCAGUUAUCAUUUUUAA